AUGAAUGAUGGUCUCAAAUUACAAUUAACUCAGAUUACAAAUAAAAACAAACCUUUGCUUAAGGAUAUUGAGGAUAUAUUUUUGAAGCCACAGAGCGUUACCUUGGGGGUUCAGAAAAGAUAUCAGGAGAAGAAAGUUAAUCGCAAAGUUCAGUCAGAUGCUAGAUCAACAUUAAGUUUUGCUAGUAACCUACAGAUUGACUCUUCCAGUGCAGUGAAAUUAAAGGGUUGUAUUUUGUGUAGGGACGCGCAAAUGGUUCCGAAAAUGCUGAUCAGCCAGUUAACAAGUUGCAAUAAAGAAAUUGGUUGGGACAAUAGGCUGUCUGAUGAUCUGCUAAGAGAAUGGGUUAAUAUUGCUAAGCAGCUAAAUUCUUCUCCAGAGAUUUCAGUUAAUAGAUAUGUUUGUAGGAGAGAUGAUAUGUAUAAUUUGAUUGCAUAUACAGACAGUUCUAGAAGCAUUUACGGUUGUAUGUCAAAGUCGACAGGAAGAAUCUGGACAAAGAUGAGAUUAAAAAAAUUUGAAAUACUGGAGGAAAUAUUGAGAAGGUCUCAGUUCCAGGGACUUGAAUCUGCUUUGCACGACACGUUGUCUUCACCAGAGGAUAUGCUCACCCAUACAGAUGUCAAAGUCGACAGGAAGAAUCUGGACAAAGAUGAGAUUAAAAAAAAUUUGGAAAUACUGGAGGGAAAUAUUGAGAAAGGUCUCAGUUCCAGGGACUUGAAUCUGCUUGCACGACACGUUGUCUUCACCAGAGGAUAUGAUUUUAUUAUACGCCGCAAGAUUUUAUACUGCCUGGUGCCUGUUGGUUCGGACUUUCCUUACGAGAUUAUACCACUAGCCAUAUCGAAUUGUACAGAAGUUCCGGUGAAUCCAACAUGGCAGUCCUCAGUCCUCUCCUGGGUGUGCUCCUUACUUGAACAUGGAGUGAUUGAUCCCUAUAAUAAAUUUAUACACAUCUGCUACUCAUCUUUCUUCAACUUGACCUCGAGUCUUUCUUUGGUUCUUCUGUCGUGCAGGAUUCUCGGAUUCAUAACAAGACUGGAGGACGUGACAGCCUGGAGAGCAAACAUCCUUUUGCACCUGAAGGACAAACCAGGAUUUUAUGAUAGGGUGUCGCAUCUUCUGAGGGUAUACCAGUUGUUCCGUCCAGACCUGAUUUUCGGAAACAUAUCCUUCAAGCAUUUUCCUCAGACGACACCCCGUAUUCUCAGGAAAGGUGUCCUAGCAUUAAGAAUGAGGCUUGAAGAGAACAACGUUGUGGCAUGGAGCUCGUCUUCAGGUGAAAUUUGGCCAGCAAUGAACAAACCUGAAAAGGUCAACACUUACCAGCGCCCCACAGCCAUUCCGAGACCUGACAACACAUGCUAUUCAGGGACGAUGGAGGAAAAGACACAGACCAAGGUUUUUGUAUCUCAGUAUCGGAGGUUCUCUGAUCUUACGAACGGCCUGCCCGACUGGAAGCUGUGGAAGUGGCCCAACAAUCCAGCAACUCAUCUCAACUGUCCCAUCAUCAUUCCUCUCUUCAGACCUGAUGACCCAACAGUUUUGAUCACUCUUACUAACUGGUUACAGGUUGCUCUAAGGGCGGAACUGAUAGAGUGUCGGGGCAAACCAAAUAAAGAAAGAUGCGAGAACUUACUGAGAGCUGUGCACAACUUAGUGAAAGUCACUGGAACUCAGAUUCCAGUCAUAAAUGACUUCCUUAUCGAUUACAUGAGCGUUUGGAAUCAGAGGUCAUAUUUUCCCUUGGUACUGUCGUUGAUGGAAUUCUCGACGUACGUUUCCGCGGAAUUCACUUCCCACACAUACUUCAGGAUUAUUGCAGAGUUGCUUGACAAUGCCUCCAUGGUGAAGUGGUGCAGAGUCAUCGAGACUGUCGGCAACACGGCAGCUGUAUGGGCCAUAAGAGCUAUGGAAGAAGCUACAGGAUCGGACCAGUACAUGAAUUGGCCUGGAACAUCUGGCUUUGAGGAUAAUAGCUCCAUCACCGGCCUGUGGUUCCUGAUAAACAAAAUGGAGAGGCUUUUCUCGGCAGGCAUGUUGGAGUAUAAGUGUCAUCCGAUGGUCAUACAUCACAUUAUUGAUUUCUAUGUUAAGGUUUGUAAAUUGAGUCAGUUUGUCACUGUAAUGUUGGAAAGGGGUAUUUCAAGCAUUCUUCAAAAGUAA